AUAGCUCUUAUGAUUCACGGUGGCGGCCACAUGACACUUUCCCGCAAAGCAGUACGCCCUGUGCAGACCAGCUUUCUCCUCCAAAAUGGUAUUCUCCCCGUGAGCAUAGAUUAUCGACUCUGCCCGGAGGUGAACCUUAUCGAUGGCCCUAUUACCGACACACUGGAUGCCUACAACUGGAUCACAACCGCGUUGCCUAAUUUGGCACGAGCAAAGGGUAUCGUAGUUGACCCUGAGCGGAUUGUAGUCAUCGGUUGGUCGUCUGGAGGCCAGCUUGCAAUG